CGUUCCGGACAAUGGGGUUAAACGAGAAAGCAGCGAGUCAUCAGUACCGGUAACUUCCUUGAUGUUACAGGUUUAGUGACUGGAAGUUAAGAGUAGCACGUAAACCCUAAAUAAUAACGUUUUCGUUAUUUAGUUUAGUACUAGAAAGCAGUCGUUUGCGUUUAAGUUAAUUCAGCUAUCAGGCUAACUAGCUAACACGUAGCUCGGUAGCUGUCAUGGUGAACGACAUAAGACAGAUGUGUUACUAAACAUUAGUCCUCGGCAACCGGCUUGCUGCCAGAAAUAAUCCGCUGUAUGAGGGUGUUACAGUCCUGUUGCUGGUCCCAAGAUGAGGAGGCUGACGAAGAAGAAGGCUCUGACUCUAGUGAAGGAGUUGGAUGCUUUUCCUAAAGUUCCCGAGAGCUACGUGCAGUCCACAGCCAGCGGUGGGACAGUGUCUCUGAUAGCUUUCACGCUCAUGGCUGUCCUUGCCUUCCUGGAGUUCUUUGUAUACAGAAACACAUGGAUGAAGUAUGAAUAUGAGGUGGACAAAGACUUCAGCAGCAAACUGAGAAUAAAUGUGGACAUCACCGUGGCCAUGAGAUGCCAAUAUAUAGGUGCAGAUGUCCUAGAUCUGGCAGAGACCAUGGUCGCUUCAGAUGGAUUAAAAUAUGAACCAGUCAAUUUUGAGCUUUCUCCCGAGCAAAGAUUAUGGCACAUGACUCUUCUGCAUGUCCAGGAGCGUCUGAGAGUUGAGCACUCUCUGCAGGCUUUGCUCUUCAAGUCUGCAAUUAAAGGAGCUCCUCCUGUUCAGAUUCAAAGUGUGGACAACUCUGGUGCCUUUAGUGCCUGCAGGAUACAUGGACAUCUGUACGUCAACAAAGUGGCAGGAAAUUUCCACAUAACUGUUGGCAAGUCUAUCCCGCACCCCAGAGGCCAUGCACAUCUUGCUGCCCUAGUCAGCCAUGAUUCUUACAAUUUUUCUCACCGAAUUGACCACCUGUCCUUUGGAGAAGCGAUUCCUGGACUUAUCAGCCCUCUGGAUGGGACAGAAAAAAUCUCUCCUGACUCUAACCACAUGUUUCAGUACUUCAUCACCGUUGUGCCCACCAAGCUGAACACCUACAAAGUCUCUGCAGAAACCCAUCAGUACUCUGUUACAGAACGGGAACGAGUAAUAAACCAUGCUGCAGGCAGCCAUGGCGUCUCAGGGAUAUUUAUGAAAUACGAUAUCAGUUCACUAAUGGUCAAAGUCACAGAGCAGCACAUGCCUCUCUGGCAGUUUCUUGUCCGACUCUGCGGCAUCAUCGGAGGCAUCUUCUCCACUACAGGAAUGAUCCAUGGGAUGGUGGGAUUCCUGGUUGAUAUCGUUUGCUGUCGUUUCAAAAUGGAAGCUUACAGACGUCUCAAUCCGCCUCUGAAUGCCCAGGAAGACGGUCAAACUGUGGUUCCUCAAGAAAAUUAUGUUCAGUAACGAGACGACUCAGCGAUUCAGACAGCAAGGAGAUGCUGGAAAUGUUUACAAGUUUUAUCAUUUUAAAAUAAGCCCCUUCUUCCUGAUGUCUUUAUACAAAAAAAAAGAAAAAAAAAUGGAUGUCACUCUUCAUCCACAUGGAAAGGAUUGUAAU